AUGCUUAUUUUUUUUUCUUUCUUUCUUGUUUCUGAUUCAUUUUGUGUUUUCUUCUUUUUUGUCUUCUUUAUCAUCUUUUUUCCUUUUCUUCUUCAUCAUCAUUCCUUUUUUUUUAUUUCUCACUUGACAUCACCAGCUUCUCCGUUACAUUUUCUUUAUUAUCCUUCUUUUCUCUUUAUUUUUAUGUUUUUUCUUUCUUUCUUUUGUCACCUUUUCUUCAUUUUACUUAUUUCAUUUUUCUUCCUCUUUUCUAUUUUUCUUUCUUCUGUAUUUCUAUCUUCAUUUUUUUUUUGCUCUUUAUUUUUCAUUCUUUGUGUUGAUUUCUUCAUUUUAUUUGUUUCAUUUUCCUUUCUCUUUUGUUUUUCCACAUUUUCUAUUCUGUCUUUUUUGUUCAUUUUAUAUUAUUCUUUCUUCAGUUUUCUUCCUUACUUCUCUAUAUUUUUCUCUCUCUUUCUCCUUUUGCAUCUUUUUUGCUUAGUGUUUAUUUUUCUUCAUUUCAUUUUUCAUCUUGUUCUCUUUAUUAUAUUUAUUCUUCUUUUAACCUUCAUCUAA